AUGAUCACCGAAUUUACUGAGAUGUUCAACAGCCAACAUCGUUGCGAUGUCCACUUCCAAUUCAACAAUGGGAAAACGAUCGGUGCGCAUAUUUUGAUUCUAUCUGCACGCAAUCCUGUCUUUGCUUCAAUGUUUCAGUCGGGCAUGUUUGAGUCGCAAACCCGGAAACUGAUCAUUAUCAUUACCGACAUCGAUGAGGAAGUCUUCCGGCAGCUUUUGAUUCACUUGUACUCGGGUAUUGCACCAAAAAUACAAGAAAAAAACAUCACCCAACCGCUCUACAUAGCUGCAGAUAAAUACGACAUUGAGACGCUCAAAAGCGAAUGCAUCGACGUGUUACUGAAAAAGUUGGGUGUCACAAACGCCAUCGAAUUGUUUAUUUGGUCUCAUUUGCAUUUCGUCCCGAAGAUAUUUGAAUCAGCCAUGAAGUGUCUGGUGCAAAAUAGACGCGAAAUCUGUCUCCUCCCCAAAUGGCUAGACUUCGUCAAGAGCCACCCGGAAUUGUCUGUGCUAGUAACACAGCGUAUGGUUAACCUGGUAUAA